GGGGGAACCUGUGACUGAACUCAGCUGGCACUCCUGUUGGCAGCUCCUCUACCAGGCGGUAGCCACAAUCCUGGCCCACGCAGGCUUUGAAUGUGCUAAUGAAAGUGUCCUGGAGACCCUAACUGAUGUGGCGCAUGAGUAUUGCCUUAAGUUCACCAAGUUGCUGAGAUUUGCUGUGGAUCAGGAGGCCCCGCUGGGACAGACUCCUUUCCCUGAUGUUAUGGAGCAGGUAUUCCAUGAAGUGGGUAUUGGCAGUGUGCUCUCCCUCCAGAAGUUCUGGCAGCACCGCAUCAAGGACUAUCACAGUUACAUGCUACAGAUUAGUAAGCAGCUUUCUGAAGAAUAUGAAAGGAUUGUCAAUCCUGAGAAAGCCACAGAGGACACUAAACCUGUGAAGAUAAAGGAGGAACCUGUGAGUGACAUCACCUUUCCUGUCAGUGAAGAACUGGAGGCUGACCUUGCUUCUGGGGACCAGUCACUACCCAUGGGAGUCCUUGGGGUUCAGAGUGAGCGCUUUCCAUCUAACCUGGAGGUUGAAGCUUCACCACAGGCUUCAAGUGCAGAGGUAAAUGCUUCUCCUCUUUGGAAUCUGGCCCACGUGAAAAUGGAGCCUCAAGAGAGUGAAGAAGGCAAUGUCUCUGGGCAUGGUGUGCUGGGCAGUGAUGUCUUCGAGGAGCCCAUGUCAGGCAUGAGUGAAGCUGGGAUCCCUCAGAGCCCUGAUGAGUCAGACAGCAGCUAUGGUUCUCACUCCACUGAUAGCCUCAUGGGGUCGUCACCUGUUUUCAACCAGUGCUGCAAGAAGAGGAUGAGGAAGAUAUAAAAAGAAAAAAAGAACAUUUCCUAUCUAGAACUACUACAGAAAACCUUGAUGUAUUAGAAUUUGUUUCCAUAAGCAGUGAUUUAAUUCUUAUUCCUCAUACAGGGGGCUUUCCUAAUUUCAAAGGAACUGGAUUUAACUAAACAAGGUUGCAUUUUACUUUUGCAGCCAAUUUUUAUAAUUUUUCACAACAACCAAGCCACUGUUCACAGGUGAAAUAUGCUGGUGUAGUAAUCAGAAGACCAAAGGACCAUCCCUGACUAUUGUCUUUUCUGUGACUAAACGUGUUCCUUAGCUUCUCUAUAGCCAUUUCUCUUGCACACCAGAGAAGAAUCAUACCUCUUUGACCUCUGUUAUAGAGAUGAGAAGAUUGAAGUGUUUGUUGUACUUCAAAACUGUAUUUGAAAAGACAAGUAAAUAUAUGCAUAUAU